AAUCGGGGGAGAAAGUAUUUACGCUGUCUGGCUCUGGGAGUAAUCUCGACCGCGUUCUGAACAACGGUGCAGUAAAGUGGACACUCUUCGCUCAACUCUGCUCAAAGUUGUACUUUUGAGUCGCCUUUUCUCCCGGUCGACAACAUCCUUCAGUCGUGAAGGUGAGGAAGAAAGGUGUUUUACAUCCUUGGCUGAGUGACUCCCCUCUUUCUUCUUCCCUUCCUUUCUUCUUUCCCUCCCAUACUUUGACUCCACCUCCUGCAGGAUGUCCUCCAAGGCCACGCCCAUCCAGGGGUCGACACCCAUGACCCCUCCACCGAUCCCUGCGAGAUCCCCAAAGUCUCCAGGGUCCCCAGAGUCCCUGCAUCCUCCGACCCACAGAUAUAGAGACCGCUCACCUUCCCCUAUGAGGGGCUACCUCAUCCCCAGCCCUCUGCCCACUCGGAGGAACAGGACUUACUCAGCAACGGCUCGUGCAGCAGAGGGUCCCAUGUUUACUGGUGUGUGUAAAUACUUUUCUCGCUCCAAAGGCCACGGCUUCAUCACACCAUCCGACGGGGGCAAGGACAUCUUUGUCCAUAUUUCAGACAUUGAGGGCGAGUAUGUGCCGGUGGAAGGCGACGAGAUGAGCUACAAGAUUUGCUCCAUCCCCCCCAAACUCCAGAAGGUGCAGGCGGUGGAGGUGACCAUAACCCAUCUCAACCCAGGAACCAAACACGAGACCUGGACAGGUCACACUGUCAGCAGCUGAAUGCUGGUCCUCGAUGGGAGAGGGGGACGGGGGGGACAGGGCGGGGAGGUGGGGGUUAACGAGGCCAGUGGGUGGGAACAGAAGCAUAGGACUAAAUGGGGACGGAGGGGGAUUGGGUGUCAUGAAGAAGAGGAAGAUGAUGUGCUGAUAGUGGGCACAGAGACAGCGGAACACCCAGGUGAUGUUAUUAGUUGUUUAACACUCAUACAUCACAGAAGACAAUUAAAGGUUUCAUUUUGAGUUGAGUUGAAAUGUGGGAGACUUUCUCUGGGAACAAGGGGUCAUUAUAUCUUUGGAAAACUGCUAUUAAACUAGAACAUUAUGAUUACAGUGCAAGUGGAAGUGUUCAUCAUAGAGAUAUUUCUAACAUUACAGUCGAUUUCUUACUUAGAAUUGUAGACUCUGCCUGUGUUGAAUUUGAUGUACAAGUUUGAUCUAUUUUAACAGGGACAUUAUUAAUGCGGCCACAUUCCUUUUUUUUUCUGGAAGAAUUUUGGACGUGUCUCCCUGUGUGUGUGUGUGUGGGGGUUUCUCCGGGGUUCUCCGGCUUCCUCCCACAGUCCAAAAACAUGCUAUAUGGAGAUUAGGUGAAUUGGACACUCUAAAUUGACCACAGGUGUGAGUGUGGAUGGUGUGUGUGUGUGUCUCUGUGAUGGACUGGCGACAUGUCCAGGGUGUGACUCCGCCUAUCGCCCUAUGUCAGCUGAGUGUGGCACAGCUCCCUCCACGACCCUCAUGUGGAGGAUAAAGCGGUAGAAGACGGAUAGAUGGUGUACUGACUGAGUGUGCCUACUUUUACCUGAAGGACCUACAGCUCUGUAUGUGCCUACAUAUACCAAUAUAUCCUCUGUGUUUGAUCAUAUGUGGGUGUUUAUAUGAAUUAAAACAUUUUCAACUGCU